AUGCCUAGAGUUUCAGUGGUGAUUGUUCUAUAUCUUUUAACCAAAGUUCUGGGACUAUUCCACGUCUAUCUAGACCAAGGAGUCAGCCAGUGUUUCCAGAAGGAAAUAGAGAAAGACCUGCUUCUUAUAGGAAGGUAUUCAAUGCAGAUCCGAGAACCAGAGACUCAUUUCUUCUAUCUGCCACGAGAUAUUGUCAAUACCGGAGUGAUUAUAGACGUGGUAGAAUUGUUCCAGGGUAAUCAUCGAGUGGUUCAUAGGAAAGCCAAUGCUAAGGGUCAAUUUGCCUUUAGUGCGUUAGCAUCAGGAGAACAUAGAAUUUGUAUAACUCCAAAGAGUUUCUACAGUAAGAAGUGGCUUCGAAAUGAUUCCCCAGAUGAAGAAUUAGCGAAAAGGGACCUGAGGUUUGUUCAAGCACGAUUACAGAUUGAUAUAGAGGUUGGUGAUGGUCUGUUGGUUGAUACGAAACCAAGUAAACAGAUUUUGGAUGACUUGGUGGAACGUAUACUGCAUUUGUCUCAAAAACUUGUUGAUAUUCGUCGAGAACAACGGUUUAUCCGUCAAAAGGAACGGUCCUUUAGAGACCAAUCGGAGUUGACUUGCAGUCGAGUGCUUAAAUGGACUUGGAUCCAAUUUGGUGCUUUAAUUCUUACUGGAAUUAGUGAAGGAGAUUCAAUCCAAAGUUCCAAUGGAUCAAAUUAUAUACAAAAGCACCGGUUUGAUGAUCGUUCCCAAACUUCUAUAAGCAUAGCGUUACGCUCAUAUUCAUCCAAAUUGACUCGUCAACUUGGAAGAAACAACAGCAGUUUUGACGGAUCCAAAAAUAGUACUUUCCAAUGGAAUGAAAUGCACAAGAUCCUGAAGACUAUCGAAGGGUCUUCAUUUGUGGCGAGCUAUGGCACUGCUACACUCAUUGAACCUUCUUCAUUGUAUGUUGCAGUGGGGACUCUGAAGGGUUAUGUGAUAUGUUUCAGUUAUCAUCAAGAGGCAGAAUAUAGUUUGCAUCCGACUCGUCAUAAUGAUAUUGAUGCAAGUCAAUCACAGCACGAAUCUGUUACUGCUACAGCUGCUGUUGCAAUUACAUCCUUAUGUUUCUCAUCAGACGUUACAUCUUUAGUAGCAGGGUAUUCUGAUGGGUCAAUUAAUCUUUGGCAGCUUUCACAGUCGUCAUCAGGAAUAGUGAUACCCUUAUAUACCAUUCAGGGCAUUGCCAAACAUGACCGUCUUAAAAAAAAUGUCGAUGGCCAUAUUGUUGGUACUCCGAUUACUUAUGUUAGUUUUAUUGGGUCUCUGAGAUAUAAGUUAGUAAGCUCUGAUCGUAGUGGAUAUAUCUUUUAUCACCAUGGGUUCAAGAAGUUUAUGCGCAAGUACUUUGUCACCCAUAAGAUUAUAGGCAACUCUGGUGAUAAUAAAGAUAAGGAUAGGGAACAGAGCCAUGACGUUUUAGCAUGUGAACUUCUACCCUUAGGAAACACUCCUCAAAUCACUGAUCAAUGGGGAGUCUUAGCGGUCCUCACAGACCAUUUGCUCGUUGUAGUCACAAUCUUAUCGCUCAACGACUCGAACCAAAUACGUUUGGUCAAUCACUUCAAGACGGGGAUUCCUAAGAUUAUUAAUGAUACUCCAAUAGUUACUGGUUGCCUUAGUUGGUUUCCUUGUCUUGAUAGUGAUAACGGAAGUGGGGUGACGACCACGACGACCAGACUUGCUUAUUCAUGGAAUAAUAUAAUUACUGUAUUGGAAUUACAGAACGCCUCUUCCUUUCUGGAUGAGUACAUGAAGGAGUUAAUUGAUAGAGAUAAAACUAUCGGAACACUUGCUAUGAAACGAACGUGCAGAUGGAAAAACAGUACAGGCUGGUGUUUUAGGUCUUUACAAUGGAUAAGCCCGACCUUACUCUCAUUAUUUCUGAAUGGAAAGGAUGGUGAUGAUGAGUUGAAGUUUGAGACAUUAAGCUAUAUCGGAGGUAAUCGCUUACUUAAGGUUGGUAAUCCGGAUCCUAUGGACUUAAAGAUUUUUUUAAACAAGGAAUUAAAUUCUUUCACUGGUUCCAUAAAAGUUAUUAAGGGGAGAAUUAUGCUUCUUACGGAAUCUUAUCACAAUAAUCAAAAACACCUAUUUGUUGGGAUGCAGCUACAAUGGUCUGAUAUAAUUGAGAUUUCUUUGGCAAGAGGAGAUUAUUCUAAAGCAUUGAAUUUAAUCCACAAGUUGUUCUUCUCCACUGACGUUUUAAAUAUUGUGUCUACUGAUUUACCAUUGGAGUUAAAACCACGACAAAAAAUUUUAGAGACUAUUGUUUUACGGGUUAUCACGUCUUCCAUUAAAUUAUUUCAAACUCCUAUGGCUAUUGAAGACACUGAUCUGAUUGAGGAAAAUUUGAGCAUGGUUUUUGAUUUGAUUUCAAAGCUUUCAACUGAGAAUUCUAGUCUCUCUCCCCAAUUGCUGGCCAUUAUGGAGGAGAUUUUUGAGGUCAUGGAUGAUAACAAGAGAACAUUCUUUGCCGUGUUAGAAGAAUAUAUACUUUUAAAAAAAAUAUCCAGUCUUCUGGCAUUGGUUCUUAAAGAAAUGGUGAGAUAUUAUAUCACCAAAGAAAAAGGGGAAUUAUUAACAGAAAUAAUAUGCAUCUUGGAUAUCAAAUCCUUAGAUAUUGAUAAUACAAUUCAACUAUGCAAACUUUAUGAUUUACGUGAUUGUUUGAUUUACAUCUGGAAUUACGUGCUUCAUGACUAUGCUACUCCGUUAAUGGAUUUUAUUGGUGAUAUUAUUCAAAGUAUGAGUGAUUCAGAAAAGGGAGAUUAUUUGCUGGAUGAUGACAAACAAUUGCACAAGGUUUUCUCUUAUAUAUCUUUCAUUUUGACGGGGCGACAGUACCCGACUGAUAGAUAUGUGCAGCCAGCAGAUGAGACCUUUGCUAGAAAAUCAAUUGAAGAAAUCCUUUUUGCAGUGAACAUACUUGAAAGCGGAAAUGCAAAACCUAUUAAGCCCACCAUCUUUCCCUAUUUAUUUUUGCUUCUCAAGUUCGAUUCAUUUGAAAUGCUCUCGUCUUUAAAUGAGUUUUUUGAAGAUUAUACACUCAAUGAUAAAGAGCUUAAUCGUCAAUACAUUAUUGAAGCGCUAUUGGAUAUUUAUGAGGUUAACAGGUCGAGCUUUCUUGAGUUUGAUUUCUGUUCUUUGGCAAUAUUCAUUGCUCGUAACUAUUCCAAAUAUCCUCAGUUUAUUAGACUCCCAGAUUCUAUUUUGGACAAGGUCAUUGACGAUCUCUGCAAUUAUGACGACAAUUGGGGUACUAAAAUCAGCAUUAAUGAUUGUGAAUUGGCACUACAAUGUCUUCUUCAAAGGUAUCUUCCUGAUAAUACUACAUACUUAUUAGUAAAAUUGAAGGAAGCAAAAUUCUAUUCCAUUUUAAUGAACAUUUAUAAAGCAGAGGAGAAGUACUCUCAAGUUGCUGCUACUUGGUUUGAAAAGAACCGGAGAGUGUUGCCUGAAAAAGGACAUAAGACCCUUCAAGGCGACAAUGACGAAAGUGAUUACUAUGACAGCAUGAAGGUGGUUCUUGAAAUGUGUCUUGAGAACUCUUCAAUAACUGAGAGAAUGGGUGUAAAUGAGGUGAUUAGAAGGAAUUUUAAGUUUCUUGUGGAACUCGAUUUUAAAGCAUUAUUGAGUCUACUUAACGCUCAUGAACCCAAUUUACAUUCAGAAAUCCUUAAAAUACCUUCAGGGGACAUUGAUACCUUGGUGUUUCAAUAUUUGGAAACAUUAUUCCAGGAUUACGAUAAGCAUAAACGGAGUCUUGAUAUCCCUAGCUUACUGGAAUUGGGGUUAAAGUAUAUUGAGUUACUUUGUAUGUUUUCACCUAAGAGUGUCUAUCCAUAUGUGAAGGAACAUAUGAAUAUCUUUGAUGAGAAGAAGGAAGAAUUGCUGGAUGUUCUUCAGAAUGGUGGAGCCAUUGAAUCCAAGUCUCUUUUAUUAGUUUAUCAAAAGCAUUACUUUGAGGCACUAACAAAUUUGAUUAGCUAUGCAUGUGAGGUCGUUGUCAGCGAUAUUUCAAAUUUUGAGAAUGUUAUUCGAUUGGCGAUGGAUAUUUGUCAUUCUGCUGAAGGAGAUCCUAGUCAGAAAAGUGAAACAGAUGAUUCAAAGUUGAAUUUGAAUGAAAAACUUUGGCUACAAUUAGUCGAGUCCUUAGUAAGACUCUCGAAUAACUAUGGUGCGGACGAGAAAGAGCAUAAGCUUCUAAAUAUGAGCAUUCAUAAUUGCUUUCGAGAGAUCAGUGAAGACUCAUCGAACAUUAAAGAAAAUGUUUCAUUUAUGAGGAUAUUCAAUAAUCUUUUACUUGAAGCGUCCACUCAAAAUGAAACUACACUUUCCAAUGUCCGGUCAAUUCUUCGAGAUGUGUUUCUUACGUACUCAUUUGAAAAGGACUCUAUGGGACUCAUGCAGAACAUGCUACUGCAAAAGAUAUACAAGCUUCUCGGAAUUGUCAAGAUGAAUGCAUUACAAGGACAUCAAAUCACCUCCAAGAAUUGUGGUGUUUGUAAUAAAGUGCUUUGGGGCUCCAAGAUCCCAAUCGAACAUUAUGAAGCUUGGGAAACCCUUGAAAUUCUUCGUAUAGACAGCCAAACAACAGUGCAUUUGGAGGGAGCUUCAACCAGUCAUCCCAUGGUUAUACUUGGUCGUGGAUCGCCAGAUCGGAUCGACGGGCUUGAAGAUAUCAAUGCCAAAGAUUACGAGUUUCUUAAGUUAUUAUAUUUCGCUUGUGGCCAUGGGGCACGUUUAUCAUGUCAUGAUAUAUAG